AGUGUACUUUGUAUAGCUCUUUUGAAUGCCGGAAAUCGGAAACAACAACCAUCUCACUCUUCGGUUGGUAGCACUUGGUGUGUCAGUGUGCGUAGCGUUGGCCGCAGGAACCCCAUAUCUCUAUGGUGUGUAUGGGCCGCAAUUGAUUAAGCGUUGUGGUUUUACCACCAGUGAUUCUGCUACUGUUUCACUCUUUACCAAUAUUGGGUGUGGUCUUGCAGGAAUCCCUGGGGGUCUCAUGAUAGACUAUUUUGGCCCACAAGUGUCUAUUGUUAUUGGUUCCAUAAGUAUUUUCUCAGGCUAUUACGGAGCUUACCGCAUCUAUGAAGCUGCACUGAAUAAUUUAGGACUUCUUUGUUGUUUCAUGGCCUUUAUGGGGUUUGGUUCAACCGUGUGUUUUUUCUCUACUCUCAAGGCAACUCAGUCGAAUUUCCCUAAUCAUCGUGGCAGUGCUGGAGCUCUCCCUGUUUCCGCUUAUGGCUUAUCUGCAACCAUUUUCUCUAUCAUUGCUGCAACCUUUUUCAGUGGUAAUAGUGGAGGGUUCAUUGGCUUCUUAUCUUUCUUUUGCGGUGCUGUUACCUUUGUUGGGUCAUGGUUUGUCCAUGUUUAUUUGGAUCAUGGAGAUGAAGAGGAUGAAGUUGUUGUACCACGCGACUCAGAAGAAGCAAUUGAUACUUCAUCUGAAAAUGGAGAGAGCGUUGGUCUUCUUUCUAGACAAAACUCAUCUUCUACCUUAAAUAAUCAAUCUGCAUCGGUGGCUCCUGUUCCUCCUGUUGCCUCAAAAACUUCUACCCUGCUUAGGGGAUCAUUUUCCUUCUGGGGGAUCGGUACCAGAACUCCAAGAUCUUCUGUAAGUUCCGUUUCUUCAGCUAAUGUCCCUCUCAUUGCUUCGUUACGUGAACAAAACCAAAAUUCCAUGAGAGCCCCAACUAUUUCCAAACAAACAUCCUUGAGCAGUCUUUCCAACAAUGGCACGAUUGUCCAGAAACGUAAACCUAAAACAUCAGGAGAAGUUGUACUUAGUCUCAUAAAGGAUAAGGUUUUUCUCCUUCAUUAUUUGAUAGUGUCCUUUAUUAGCGGGACUGGCCAAAUGUACAUUUACUCUGUAGGGUUCAUUGUCAUUGCCCAAUUCCACUAUGGAGAGUCUUCGGAUGCACCACUUCUCUUUGGUAGAAUCCCAAUCCCUGCAGACUCCAAGGCUGCUGCCUUACAGGCACUUCAAGUAUCAAUAAUUUCCUUGUCAUCUUUCUCCGGUCGUCUUCUUGCAGGUCUUGUGUCUGACUUCAUCUACAAAACAUAUCACAUUCAAAGACUCUGGAUAGUCUUAGUGACCCUUGUAACGUUAGGUAUUGGUCAAUAUUUGGUCAUGACCAUCCAACUGGCAAGCCUUAUAUCCCUCACAUCAAUUAUCAUUGGAGGGAGUUACGGGUUGGUCUUUGGUACAUAUCCUGCAGUUAUAGCUGACAAAUUUGGAACAAGAACUUUUUCAACAACCUGGGGGUUGAUCUGUACUGGACCUUUGAUCACCUUAUUCUGUUUGAAUAAAUACUUUGGAAUGAUUUACGAUAGAAAUACUGAUCCGGAAACCGGAAUUUGCUACAAAGGGAAUGAAUGCUACCGUGGUGCAUUCGAACUCAGUUUCGGCUUGUGUUUUGUUCUCUUUGCAUUGACAUUGCUUGCAAUCUAUAUACAGAGGAAGAAGUAGCAUAACAAAUCAAAAACAACUAAUAAAAUUUUAAAUCUAAGAAAGUAGGUACUUCCAUUGUGUAGGCAAAAGCAAGGACUGUAGUAUUUUCAGCUUCUAACUCCCAUUUCCCUUCGUGACCAUAUGGUACCAUUGCCAUAACAACCUACCGUCAUAAUCUCAUUCUCCU